UUAGUUUUUUUGUGAAAACAACACAACUAAUUUAAUUAUAAAUACGCAUUUGUGCUUUGACUGUUAGUGGAAAAACACCAACUGGCGUGAAAUGGCAGACAGCGUAGAUCUCGGCAAGUGCUUUGAAAUAAUCAACAAUCUGACCACAGAGGCAGGCAGGCUGAUUGCGCGCAACAAUGAGACAAGGCAGGAUUUUGUUUGCAAGUCGGGUGACAUUGAUUUGGUCACCCAAACGGACCAGGAUGUGGAGAAGUUGCUUAUGAACGGCAUUCGCCAGCAUUUUCCAGAUCACAAGUUCAUAGGGGAGGAGGAGAGCAGCACUGGCGCAGGUGUCAAUAAGCUAACAGAUGCCCCAACCUGGAUUAUCGAUCCAGUGGACGGCACCAUGAACUUUGUCCAUGCAUUUCCACACUCGUGCAUUUCAGUGGGCCUCAAGGUGAACAAGGUCACGGAAAUUGCCAUUGUUUACAAUCCCAUGCUGGAGCAACGCUUCACAGCACGUCGUGGUCAAGGUGCCUACUACAAUGGACGCCGCAUCCAGGCUAGUGGACAGAAGCAGCUAAACAAGGCGUUGGUAACCAGUGAAUUUGGUACCACACGUGAUGAGCAGAAAAUGCAAAUUGUUAACGAGAAUUUCGCCAAAAUGGCCAAAAAUGUGCAUGGCCUGCGAGUGCUGGGCUCAGCAGCCUUGAACAUGGCCAUGGUGGCCUUAGGAGCUGCCGAUGCCAACUAUGAGUUUGGCAUUCACGCCUGGGAUGUCUGUGCUGGCGACUUAAUUGUGCGGGAGGCGGGCGGAGUUGUCAUUGAUCCAGCUGGCGGUGACUUUGACAUCAUGUCACGACGUGUGUUGGCUGCUGCCACACCCGAACUGGCUCAGGAUAUAGCCAAGUUGCUGACGCAAUACUAUCCACAACCAAGAGACGAUUAAACCAAAGAGGGAGAAUGAUACAGAGGAAAAAUGCAUUUGAUGCACAUCACGUUUCCUAGAAACUACUUACUGAUGAUGAUGAUGAUGAUUAGCCAAAAAGCAUUUGAUUAUUGUUAACCAAGUACCUUAAAGGAAUUUCCAUUUUAAUCCGAAAUAAAACUCGAGUUAUAUACAUUAUACAUAUACAUAUUUAUGUAUAUAUAAUUAUAUAACCACUAGCAUAGUA